AACCUGACUGAGCGUCUUCAGGCCAGUGACAACAAAUCCUCUUCCCUGACUGAAGAGAGAGACCUGCUGAAGGACAGCCUCGCUAACAAGACUGAAGAGCUGAACAUGCUGAAAAGUAGGCCUACUUGUCCUAGAGGAUGGAGGAUGUUCAAGUGUGUCUGUUAUCUCCUCUCUAAUGAGACUGGUUCCUGGGAAAAGGGCAAAGAAGACUGUGGUGUCAGAGGAGCAGGUCUGGUGGAAAUAGGCAGUACUGCAGAACAGAAGUUCCUGUCUAACUUCACCAAGGAAGAAACUCAUGCUUGGAUUGGUUUGACUGACAAAGACAAGGAGGGGACCUGGAAAUGGAUUGAUGGCGGUCCACUGACUCUAAAGUACUGGCGUAAACCACAGCCUGAUAAUGGUGGUGGAUACAAAGCACUCGGGGAAGAGGACUGUGCCCAUAUCAUAAUUGGAAAGGGUGAUAUUUACAACUGGAAUGAUCUGUCAUGUACUACCCUUUUGAAAUGGAUCUGUGAGAAGAGGCUUCAGCAUUGAUGAACAAUUUGUUGUGUUUGUAAAUAACUAAAGGCAUCCAGAAAGUCUUUGACCUACAAAUCAGUUUCUAAUAAUAUAUAAAAAUAAUUUGGAAUUAUAUCAUCAAACUAAAGAUAGAUUGUUUCUUCUUCUUGAAACUUCUUCUGCAUCCAUUCUCCAUCCUCUCCGGCCAAUGUUUCUGUGUUAACGUUCUAUCUCAUAAUCCAUGAAGGGAAAAUCCGAGGCUGAAAUCUUAUUCCAGGCUUCCAAAGCUGUGUUGUUGACAUUGUCGUUGUUGACAUUGUCGUUGUCAUCUCGUCUAUAGUUAAAUGGGUGCUCAUUUUCCCCAAUGGUUAGAAUGUAGGGCAUACAGAUUGCUUUGGCUCUUUGUGUUGCUAUUUUUGUUAGCUCCUUUUUCAAACGGCUGUUCACUUGCUCCGCCAGAAGAUCUUCAUAAACUGAUCUGUAGUAAGGAGGCUUUGAGCGACACACAUUGUUCCACAUCUUCCUUCUGAUAUAACAGGCUGUAGUGCAGUCAGCAAGGCUCCAAAGAAAAAGAAGAGGACAGAUGACAUAAAAGCCAAUGUCCUGCAAACGAUAAAACAGUAAACUUGAAAUAAAAAGAGAUUUAUUUAGUAGUUCAAGGAACAUAAGUCACAACAUUUAUGUGGUUUCAAUCAAGCUCCAAUUUGUUUCAACACUUCUACCAUGACAGUAAAUUCUGUUAUCACCGGAGAUCCAGCACCAGCCAUACAUACUACACUACAUAGUACUUUGUGCUGCUGGGUUCCCUGUAACAAAAACAUUAUCUUUACCACAAUUUAACUAGUAGUCUGACUAAUUACUGUUGGCAGGGAGUAAUAAAAUAAUAUUACUUUUGAAAGAAGUAAUGAGUAAUAAAUUACAUUAUCCUAUUUGUUAUUUACUAACAAUUAUGACAUUUAGCCCAAAUGGUGCUCUGAAUUGGCAAAUUGAUGAAUUACUAUUCCUAAUAUCAAACAUGUAUACUGGGCAUCAGACUAAUUAAGGAUUUAAUGAUACUAGCAUUAGUUAUUAAAUCAAUAAGUUAUAGUCUUCUCUAUAGAAAUUAUACCACUGAAACUCUUUUUUUAUAUAUAUAUAAAUUUGUUUAGAUAUAAAAAUAAUUUCAUAUCUCUAAUGUAGCAUAUGUGAGUGCUGUGUGUUGUUACUUACAAGUGAAUCAGUCUUAUAACCAGCUUUAAUCUGGUACUCCUCGUAGGUCAGAUCUUCUUUGCAAGGGAUUCCGGUAUGAUUGACAUUGAGGUUUGUCAUCAGGCAAAGAUACCAGUCUCCAUCAAACAGAACAGAAGUUAUCCAUACAGCACACAUACCGAUGUAGCUGACAAUAACCUUAACCAAAAAGCCGCAGCGUUUGUUGUGACUAAGACGAUGGAGAAGAUGGAAGAUGGAAAAAAUCCUCGAUUGGUGUAAAGGCUCAGUGAUGAUGGCAACCCAGGUGAGGAUCACAGGAGGGAUUAACAAGUACAGUAUGCCAUUUGUAUGCAAACCUGGUCUGCACGAGCAUAUAAAAUCCAUGUCAAAUAUAUACUGCAGGAUGUAGAAGACGAUUAUCAGCAGGAAUAUACUCACAGCAUUUGUUAUUAGUUGGACGAGUCUUUGAGGAAAAUCAUGACCAGGGUGAGGCAUGUUGGCUGAAAGAGAGAGUGUCAGACUGAAAAACAAUGGGCUAAGAUAUUCUGUUGCAAGGCUGCUGCAGUUCUUUUCUACUGGCUGAGCGAUAUAUAUAUAUACAUAUAUAUACAACUCUGGACAGUGGUGUGACACAGCUGUUAAGCACAGUGUGCCAGCCUACAGCACUUUCACAAUGAUGGUACAUGAUGCUUUCACUUCUUAAAUAACUGAGCAGGAUUUUCCCAGACAGAUUUUUAAUUUUGCAUAAUAAACAAUUAGAUCCUCAUUUUGACCACAUUUUCACAAUUACAUUUCCAGUUAGGGAUCAAGAAAAGUGGUAGGGGUAUACUGAUCCAGCCACCUAGAAUUGCCUGCUGGUCCCUGACGGGCCCUUGCUUAUCCAGCUGGCUGGGGCUGUAGUAUCUAUAAUCUAUAUAACUUUGAAUCUAUGCACAGUACUAAAAGAAUAGUUCAACAUUUUGGGAAAUACAAUUACACACUAUUACACCUCUGCUUCCAGGCUUUAUGCUAAGCUAGGCUAACCGCCUCCUGGCUCCAGAUCUUAAUGCGUAUCGGUAUCAGUCAUCUAACACUCAAAAGGAAAGCAUAUGACCACAUUAACUAAAAUAUUAAUUUAAACAUAAAUGGCAAAAUUGAUGUAUGGUACCAGCGUUAGCUUAAAGCUAAUUUUCAACUGCUGUAGUUUAGCAGGUCAAAGUUAAAACACACACACACAAUGAUAGUACAACAGUAAAAAAGGAAAAAAACAUAUAAUAUAAAAUAUGGAUGCACCACUAUUUUAAGACCAAAUACAAGUACUUACAAUUGGGUACUUGCAGUUACCAAGUGCCAAUAUGAUAUUACAGUUCUAACAAUGACUUUAAAAAUAUGUUUUAUUUUCAUGUUCCUAAGGUUGUAAAAUUUGCUUAAAAUAUAUCCAAACUGCUGACAUUGCUUCUCCUCUGCCUACCUGCUCAACUAAUGAAAGGUUAACUUUUAUGAGUACAUUUCUGUGUACAUGAGCAUACCCGAUACCUGAUACUGGUAUCUGUAAUAUAAAACUAUACACACCAGUACAGGACAUACACACGCAUCACAACAACCAGUUCAGACUGGCCUCCCAGUGUUAGAUCAGCAGCAUAUGAAAUAUAUUUGGAUUUCUAAAAAGAAAAAACAUGUUGUAGUCUUUCUCUUAUUGUGGUUCUUAAAUACAUAUAUUUUUGUUUCUUAUCUGUAUGGUUGCUGCAGUGCACCUUAAUUGACUUUUUCUUUUACUUGAGCUAUUCAUGGUGUCACACAUCUAACUGAGAAUGAUUUUACUGCAGCACAGUUUCACAAGAAUACAUGUCACUGGCAAACAUUUAAGCACAUGCAGUUUAUGAAAAUGUACAGCCAUGAGCACUUCUCAAUCCACUUUUGUGUGGACAAUGUCUUUACUAGAAAUUCAUUAUGCAUUUAUUUUUUUUCAUGUGCCUGUGCUCAGAAAUAAACUGAAACAAAUAUUACUUCUUUAUUUCAUGUGGUUUUGUGACUUCUGUGUGCUUUUGCACAUAUCAAAAUCUCUGUCACAUGUAGAAUUGAGGUUGGUCUCUGGUCUCAGUGGCAUGUAG